UCGCCGGGCGCGGCGAAAGGCCUGGAAAGGACCUGGCUCCGGCGGUGCCGUCCGGCCGCGGGCCGGGCCCGGCGGUGAGGCUCGGGCCGGAGGCUGCUGCCCGCUGCCGCGGGGCGCGGCGGGCCGGCCCUGCGGUGCCGCCAGCGCGGCUGACGCGGGGCUGCAGCGCGGGCGCCUCGGGCCGGGCCGGGGCCCGCGGCGGGAGGGCGGCCUGAGGCGGGGGCUCGGGGCGUCCUGAGGCGUUGAUGUCCUCUCUCUCCUCGGCAGCAGGACAUGGCAGCGCUGGGCAGAUCCUGUCAGGGCAUCCCCGCGGGCCCGGCCGUGGAGUUCCCCCAGGCCGCGGCCGCCGCCCCGGACGCGCAGCCCGGCGCCGCCGGCCACGGCCGCCUGCAGCCCCCCGUAACGAUAAUGGCCGGGAACGGGAACGACGGGGGCGAUGGCGGCGGCUCCUCCGGCCUCUAUCUGCAAAGCAGCUUCGACCUGGCCUCCCUGGCUGCGCUCGGCAGCUUCAGCGAGGGCUCGCCCGUGUUCCCGGUGGGCUCCUUCACGGCGGCGCGGCCCCCGCCCCACAGCCAUGUCUCUGUGCGCUGUGGAAAGAAGCAUAAGCUAGAAGAAGAGGCGGAAGGUUGUCCUGUGAGGAAGAAGAGACUGACAGGAGCCAAAACUUGCCCUUUGAAUCCCAACACAGAAGAAUGGAUUCUCUGUGCAGGUCAGCAGGCUGCUGGGGAGGUAGCAAGUCAGUAUGGUGGCAGCAGUCCUGAAACUGCCGUGUUAGAAAUGCCCUGUGAAGAAAUGGAUGAGACAAUGGGGGAACAGCAAUGCGAGGUUGCUCGCAGGAAGCUUCAGGAAAUUGAGGACAGGAGCCGUCCUUCUAUGGAGCUGGUGCUUUGGAAACCACUUCCUGAAUUUCUCACAGAUAAACUGAAGUCUGUUUCUGUUAAGAACUUGAAGCAACAGACUACAGAAAGUUGUCAAGCUAAGCAGUCAACAGCAAGAGCUGCUUUUGACCCACAGACUGAAACAUUCCCUGAAUCACAACAGACUGCCAUGUCUCCAGAUCCAUAUGCUAGUUUGGGAAUGUCUGGGUGUGCAGAAGAAGAAAUGGAGUUGUAGAUGCCAAAUCUUAGACUGGACGUGGUGAGCUUCUGAUGUUUUUUGUUGCCUUUUCUUAUCCCCUCUUUUCUUUCUGGUUUGAUGUGUGAAUCUAAAGUUUUAUUAUUUGUUUUUGUUUUUCCUACUAACAAUCAUAAGAAGGUGGAUUAGCCAGAAAAGUUCAGGAAACUGAAAAACAAAAACAAAAAACCUCCCACAAGAUUUCUGUACUCCAGUCUGUGAAAUACUCUUUUUACUGAGAAGGUAAUGCAGAGAGAGGCCUUUGGAAAAAGGAAGUAGCUUUCCAUCUUGCUUAAUGGUGAAAUAUCUUAAUUGUCCUUGGUAAACUAUAAAAUCCAAAUACUGAAUAUAGCUUAAGCCACAUCUUCCAUUCACUUGCUGAGCCAUUAAGACUUUGGUGCACAUACUAUACUUGGUCAGUUAUAGCUUAAUUUGAAUGACAAAAACAUACGGAAAGGAAGAAAUACUUUUGAGUCUGGUCACAGAUAAAAAAGCAUUCCCUAUGGAAAUACAGCUUUUCACAGCAUUGCAUCUGUGGCUGGUUUGUAGUUGACAUAAACUGAAAUGUAGACAUUAUACAUGCCUGCAGUGUGGUUAGGGCUGAGCCUAAGCCUUUUGUGCUGUACAGUGUGAAACCAGCUACUAACCUGCAAGGUAUCUGCUAACCUGGGUCAUCCUUGGUUCAUUGGCUCCUAAAUUGUGUUUGUGGGUUUUUUAUGUGCCCCUCCUCAAAUGAUGCGAAGUCUGGAGAAAAGUGUACUGUGAUUCUUUGUGUGCAUCACAUUGGGAGGUCAGUUGAAGAGUGUCACUUUUUAUUACAUAAAUGGCAUAAUUUAAUUGUUUUAAGCCUGGUAAGUAGAUCAGGUAACAGCUGAUUUUCUGCCAUGAAGAGGGUCAGAUGCUGAUUAUCCUUUGUAACCAGGUCCCAAAUACUCAGACUGCUGCCACUGGUAGUGAAGUAAAAAAGAUGCUUGACUUAUUCCUGAGGGAAUCUAGACUUAAAAUUUAAUUUAGAACAUAUGCCAUUAAUAUAAUGUCAGAUAGUUUAUAUAGUUUUAUGCCAAAAGAAUUUUGUACCCUGCUGAGGUUGUUAAGGAAUCCUCAACCAGUUACUGCUUGUACCUUUCCUCAAUGCACAACAGUUCCAUUAAGCUUGAAACCCUAAGACAAGGCAGAGAAUUUCUUCAGUCCUUGAGCUUCCUCAGAGGUAUCUUAAUUGAGGCUUUUUUGCAAUAAAUUAAUUUCCAGGUAAUAGGUUCUGUUCAGAGUCUUAGCAUCCCAGUCUGGUUUUGACAUCUUGCUAACAUAAAGGAGCACAAGUACACAGUAAUGCAGCUGUUCGCAUAAGAAAAUCUACUCAUCCUUUGCACAGCUAAUUGAUAAUCUUUGUGAUGAUGUUUCUUUCUGUUGAAUAACCCAUAGUUGAUAGUUUAAAAUCAAGCUUCUCUUUUUGCAGUCAUCCUUUCUUUUCUUCUGGCUGACAUCAGAAGCCUUGUUCAAAAGAUACCCCUAUUUGUUAAAUCCUAUCUUGCUUCUCUUGUUGAAGGUUGUAUGAAAUUUGCUGUCUCUUGCUAAGCCAUUUCAGAGCUUCACUAAAAACACUGUAGUAUUUGAAUAGCUGGAAACUGGUGUGUAACUUUACCAUUCUGGAAGUUUUACUGAAUUGGAGAAUGUGUGCAACUUUUUCUUGCUAUUAUGUCUAAUAUCAUUUCAGGAUCUGCUAUAAAUCUCCUGCAUGUACUGUGUAAAACUUCUAAUUUGUUACUAUUUAAGCUGCUGAACAUGCUUAAAAUCUAUAGCCUUUGACAUGCUACAUUGCUUGAGUAUAAAGCAGAGCCAUGCAGUUUGGAGAAGGCUAUAGCCACUGGAGGUAGAAAAUGUGGUGCCUCCAAAUAAUUACCCAUUUUUAAGCUUGCAGGAUUAUAGUGAAAGUUCAAAGUUGGAGCUUUUUUAGUUGAUAGUUCUGAAUCCUAAAUAAACUGAAAAGAAAGGAUAAAUAAAAAAUUUUAUUAAACCAUCUCACCAUCACUGAAAUUGUGACAGGAUGUAGGAAACUCAGGAGGGGUCUAGAUACACCAAAUUGAGCUGCAGGCUUUUUUCCUCUUCAAAAUGACAAAUUGCAUAUCAAAUUUGCAGGAGAAAUUUUUGAGGAUGGCUUUUAAGCAUCCUUUUGUGCUGUUAAGUUUGUACUAAAGGUUGACUUUCAGAGGUGUAUUUUUUUCUCCCAUCAUUCAGUGCUAAUACAGCAUCACUGACCCUGUUAUUCUGCCAUCUGAGACAAGAAUAUAGUGGUGGACCAUUGACAAAGACUAUGAGAUGGGAAAAAACUGUGUCCAAGAGAUGUGCUUUGGAAGGAAACAUUUUUUCUCAUAACUUGUUUCUGCCUUUGUGAUAGGAGAGAACAGAAUUGAGUCACUUAAAUUGAUGGGGCAGGAGAGUGGACUAGAGCAGGCCUCAAGCACCUAGGAGGACUGAGCAAGGUUCUUGCUGUAGCAUUCAUUUGGAGAGGGUAAGAGAGAACAAGCUACUGGGUGUUUUCAAACUUCUGUAUUUGUUUCAUUUGUUGUUGGCUUCUUUAAAAGACUAAAAAAUGCUGUUUACAAGCAGAAUGGCAAACAUUAUGCAGUAUUAGGAAAAACUUUAUUUUGAAACAUGGAAGAUCUGAUUCUGGUCUGUCUUCUCUGGGGACCAAAUCAUCCUUUGUAUGUCAGUUUUCAAUAAAUUUUCUAAAGUA